CCCCGUUCCGACGACACUCGCGAUUGUGUUCUCGCAGUGAUUAGCGGAUCAAGCUAGUUUGCAACUUAGUCUGCCCAUCCCACUUCUCCACGUCGAUUCCGGACGCUUCUAGCCUGUAUCUACUCCGUACGUCGUAGAUAUAGCCGGCCAAACAUGGGGUUUUAUUCACGAUCCAGUAAAACUUUGCCUUCAUUCUGGUCCCCAAACCCUGGUCACGACUACGCCCCAAUCAACAAAGAUGAAGGUGGCGACGAUCCUACAGCAGCAAUAGAACCUGCCAGCCGUACGGUGUCUCAUACGCUACGAGAGCGACGCCGGUACAAUCUUCUUAGGCUUUCUAGUGGCUUGGGCUGGUCCAUAUUAUUCGUAUCCAUCCUCACAAACAUCUUUACCUUUGUCGGUCUGACACGAGCGUCGCCGGAAGACGACCCGGACGCGAUUUUCAGCAAUUGGGGGAAACCAGGCACAGGAACAGAAGAUUUGGCCUGGUACCCCACAGAUUUUCUCCGAGAUGUCGUGCCGAUACGGUGUCACUCACAUAAUGACUACUGGCGCAAGGUGCCUCUCUUUUCGGCCCUCCACGUCGGUUGCAUCAGCGUCGAAGCGGAUGUCUGGCUUUUCGACAAGAAGCCCGAACUCUUCGUUGGGCACGAUACGGCCUCCCUAACUCCGAAUCGCACCUUCGAGUCGCUUUACGUGAACCCUCUCGUCGAGCUAUUGAACGGGAGCAAUCCUCAGACAGAAUUUUACAACGAUACGCGCCGAGGCGUCUUCGAUUACGACCCGGAGCAAACAGUCGUCCUCCUAGUCGACUUGAAAACCGACGGGGCUAAGACGUGGCCGCGUGUCCUUAGUCAAUUAGAGCCUCUCAGAUCUAGGGGUUGGUUGACCUAUUUCGAAGAUGGGGUUGUCCAUCCAGGCCAAGUGACGGUUGUGGGCACGGGGAAUACCCCGUUUGAUCUCGUAGUGCAAAAUUCGACAUACCGAGACGCCUUCUUCGAUGCACCACUCGGAGACAUGUGGGAAGACCCUAGCAGUGCGAACCCGCCGUCCAUCAGAGAUGGCCCCGCACACGACGACAAAAACUCCUUCUACGCAAGCACGAGUCUGUUUGAAGCUGUCGGGAUUGUUUGGGGUAGUUUUAGCGAGAGACAACUCGGCAUAAUCCGAGGUCAGAUCAAGGGCGCUCACCGAAGAGGACUCAAAGCACGAUACUGGGACACGCCAAGUUGGCCAAUCAGUGUUAGGAAUGAGGUAUGGCGUACCUUAAUAAAGGAGGGCGCGGACAUCCUGAACGUGGACGACCUCAAAGCGGCGGCCGAGACGGAGUGGUGACGAUUCAAUUUCAUCCCUUGAUACCGUACAAGGUCGGUACAUGUGGGCUCUUGUCUGACAUUUUAAUCCUACCGCCGUCUAGCGAUCCCAUCGCGGGUUCGAUAUCGGUAUAAUGAUUAUUGCAAUAUCCACUUCUCUAGACUACUACCUAUAUAGUAUACUACCCGUUAUACUAGGCAUGUAUGGGGGUCGGGCCAUCUAGGGAUUUCAUACCUACACAAAGG